AUGCCACGGCCGUCGCGCGAUUCCUACGGCGAUCAGAAACCACCCUAUUCGUAUAUAUCUCUCACUGCAAUGGCGAUUUGGAGUUCGCCGGAGCGAAUGUUACCGUUGUCAGAGAUCUACCGGUUCAUCACCGAUCGUUUCCCCUAUUACCGGUGUAAUACGCAGCGCUGGCAGAACUCCUUGCGGCACAAUCUGUCUUUCAACGAUUGUUUUGUGAAAGUGCCUCGAAAUCCAGACCGACCAGGCAAAGGAGCCUAUUGGACAAUGCAUCCGCAAGCCUUCGAUAUGUUCGAAAACGGUUCUUUAUUGCGUCGCCGAAAACGUUUUAAGCUACACAAAGGAGAAAAGGAUAAUUUGAAAUCUGAAUUGGCAGCUUUGGCAAAUUUUAAUCGCAUGUUCCUUGCGAGUCAGAAUCGAAUGCCAUCGACUCAAGUAGAUACGCAAAUAUUUGACGACUCCCCGAAGUGUGUUAAAAGCAGGCCGCUAAAAUCAUUUACGAUAGAUAGUAUACUUAGCAGUGAUGUUAAUUCAGAAAACAGUGAUGUUAAUAGUGUUCAAAGUUUAAGUGUGCCAGUUUAUCCACCAGAUUUAUUGGCUAUGGCUGCUAUGGUUUGGCAUCCUCAAUGUUUUCAUUCGCCUUUGCAAACUUCUUUUAAUAUUCCGUUUCAAGAUUGGCAAAAAAUAUUUUACACUCAAUUGUUACAACGAUAA